AUGUCUGAAGAAAUCAAGAACGUCACCAUUGUCGGAGCCUCAGGCAACGUAGGCGCACCCGUCCUGCGUGCCCUCCUGGACGCCAACUGCUUCACCAUCACCGUACUCAUCCGCCCUACAUCGACCUCUACGUUCCCCCCAGGCCCAACCGUUGAAGAAGUCGACUUCGACUCCCAUGCCUCUCUCGUCUCCGCCCUCAAAGGCCAAGAUGCCGUGAUCUGUACCGUACCAGAAGGUGUCCAGCAGCCCAUCAUAGACGCCGCCGUGGCAGCCGGAGUCCGCCGCUUCAUCCUGUCCGAGUUCGGACUCGACACACGCACCAUCACCACCGACCAGCUCGAGGGUCUCGGGAAGAUCAUGCAGGGGAAGGUGCAGAUGCUGGAGUAUAUCCAGAAUAAGUCUAAAGAGAACCCCGGAUUCACAUGGACUGCGAUCAAGACGGGUCCUUUCUUCGACUGGGGACUUGCCUGGGGCUCCCUUGGCUUCGAAAAGAAAACCAAAACUGCUCAAAUCUGCGACUCGGGCAACGAGCGUUUCCCUGCCUGCAACCUGCCUUUCGUAGGCAAGGCUGUCGUCGCGGUCCUGCAGCACUUGGACAAAACGGCCAACGCGUAUCUUGAGGUAGCCUCGUUCAAUACCACCCAGAACGAUAUUUUGGCUCUCAUCAAGAAGAACAGCAGUGAUGGCGCCGAGUGGAACGUUAUCCAUACUGGAUCCACCGAGAUUAAGAAGGCUGGGCUUGAGAGUCUCGGGAAGGGAGAUUUCUUCGGGGGUUUUAUCCCUUUGCUCAUGAAUCACUGGUUCGCUGAUGGGGCGGGGCGCGCGUUGAAGUUGGAGGAUAGUGCGAAUGCCAUUCUGGGGCUUGCUGAGGAGGAUCCCGAGAGCGCGAUCAAAGCUUGGUUGGCAAACUGA